UCAAAUGGAUGUCAUUGUCACGUUUUAUUGAUUUGAAUUUUGGUAAAACAUAACCUGGCUCUAAUGGUGCUAAUGGUCCAAAAAAUAUAAAUAAAGUAGUUUCUUUAACCAUAACAGGAACAAUAAAUGAAUAUUGUACGCUGGUAUUUGAAACCCAGUUUUGUUAAGCAAUUAACAAAACCAGUCGGGCUUCGUUCAAACAUUGUCACCAUGUCUUCAUCGGCAUUUAGCAGUGCAGCUAAAAGGAUCGUAUGGGUGGACCUUGAGAUGACAGGUCUUAAUGUGGAGAAGGACCAUAUUUUGGAGAUAGCCUGUGUGGUAACAGAUGAUGACCUGAAUAUUGUGGCUAAGGGACCUAAUAUAGUCAUCAACCAGCCAGACAGCAUUCUCAAUGAAAUGAAUGACUGGUGUAUUGCUCAGCAUGGUGAGAGUGGACUAACGGAGGCUAGUCGGCAAUCAAAAAUAACUCUAAAGGAUGCAGAACAACAAGUUCUGGAUUUUGUAAAAUCCCAUGCACCAGAGAAGAAGUGCCCUUUGGGCGGCAAUUCAGUCUACAUGGACCGUUUAUUUUUAAGAAAAUAUAUGCCGGUACUAGACAACUAUCUUCACUACAGAAUAAUAGAUGUCAGUUCCAUAAAGGAGUUAGCAAAGAGGUGGUACCAAAAAGAGUAUUCACUCAUGCCUAUGAAAAAAUUCAAACAUCGAUCUAUAGAUGACAUACUGGAAAGUAUAGAGGAAUUGAAGUAUUUCAAAAGGCAUAUAUUUAAGGUAACAGAUAAAUUGCAGACAGCAGUUUAAAGUCAAAUUAUGCAUAUUAUUGCAUAAGCUUAUAUUACAAAUGUUAGUACAGUAAUUAGGACAUUCGACAACAUUAUCUACAAUUCGCUGGCUGGAGAGCAAAUACUUUUUGAAGCAGUAUAUCAAUACUAUUUAUUUUUCUGUUGUCAGCUACAGAUAACUAAUCUGUGUCCCUAAUGUAUUAGUUGUGCAUGGUCAAGUAGUAACAUAAUUCCAGAAUAAAUCUUAAAACAAUCUGUCAUUUUGACUAUAGAAGCAAAAAGUAAUACCGAAUAACUGAUAAAAUGUCCAGAUUUGGUCAGCAAGAUAAAUGAAAUGUUUCUUGUGAUUUCUUAGUUCAAUUAUUAUUUAGGUUCGCAUCUUAGUUAAUAAUUAUGCUUAUAGUUUUCGAAUACUUUCACCUUAUAAAAACUACAAGGUGCAAGCUAGUUUUACAAGCAAUCUUAUAGAAUUGUUACGGGUUUAAAUUAUGGAAAUAUUAAGUUUAUAUUCAUAAUAUCAUUAUACACACCUAAUUGGUAUUCUUAUUAUUAAGUAUUUCAAACUGGACUGACUUGUAAUAACUUAAUAAGAUAUCAAAACAUUGAUGGUACAUGAAAUAAAAGUAUGAUAAAUUAAAGCGUGGUCUUUUUUGUAAUGAUUAAUUAUAAUUUGACCACAGUGCUGUUGCUUGGUCUGCAGUCAAUAAUCCUGGAAAUUAAAUAAUUCAAAAU